CGGUUGCACAGAGAGAGGGGCAAUGCACCGUGGUCCCGAUUCGUAAUGAAGCGUAUCUCACUUACACCCGCCCGGGCAGGCUGCUGGUCGAAUGGGCGGGAUACCGGGAAUGGAAAGGCGCCUUGGAUAAAUGCCGUCCGCCCACACCAUGCCAUUUAACCCACUGGUCUGGGAUUCCCAUGGGCGUCUUGACCGUUGACACUUGGACUUCAAGACCCGCUUCCUUUUACACGGGCAGCAUCAUCAACAAGAAACGAAAACAUCAACAGCAGCAGGAAUAACGACCACCAACGACUACCUACCAUGAGCUCACCAAAGUGGCGCAUAGCCAUAGGCUGCGAUGACGCAGGCGUGAGCUACAAGAACGCAAUCAAAGCCGACCUCGCGUCGGACCCGCGCGUGAGCUCCAUCACCGACGUCGGCACCGACGACUCGUCGACGGCCUACCCGCACAUCGCCGCGGCCGCGGCCAAGCUGGUGGCCGCGGGCGAGUGCGACCGCGCGCUGCUGAUCUGCGGCACGGGCCUCGGCGUCGCCAUCUCGGCCAACAAGAUCCGCGGCGUGCGCGCCGUCACCGCCCACGACAGCUUCAGCGUCGAGCGCGCCGUGCUCAGCAACAACGCCCAGGUGCUCUGCAUGGGCGAGCGCGUCGUGGGGCUGGAGCUGGCCAGGCGCCUGGCCCGCGAGUGGCUGGGCUAUGUCUUUGACGAGUCCAGUCCCAGCGCUGCGAAGGUGAGGGCUAUUCAUCACUAUGAGGAAGGUGAAGGUGGGUUGGUGGGUGAAGGGAGGAAGGAGGAGGAGGAGGUUGUUGAGGGGUGUUGAUGGAGGCUUCAAUACAAAUAGUACUCAUUGGUGUUUAUCAUUCUUAUGGUGUUGAUUAUGUUGGUCCCAAACAAAUACUGAGCUGGUGGUGGAUCAGCUUUGCUGUUGGAAGAAUCCACAAAAAAAGAUAAACCUGAUGUCCUCACUCGAUCAACGACCAAAGAGCCAUGGCGGCAUGCUUUCCCAAAAGGGGAAUCCGAGGUUGACCGUUGGUGGCAGUGUAGGUUCUGAUAUGGCCUAUGCAAGCUUCUAGAC